UCCGGUGUGCCCUCCCGCCGCGCAGAGCCUCGGGCCGGGUCGCUAGCCCUCGGGCCCGACCCCUUGCCUCAGUUUUAGGUAGAGGCGGGCCGGGGGCGGUGCCUGGAGUCUCUCAGAGUAGCUUGACAGCCGCCGCAGAUGAAAGAAACCCCGAGAGCAGCUAGGGGACAGCGCUGACAGGUAUCUUAUUGACAGCCGGUGGUUCAAGCAGUGGAAGAAGUACGUGGGCUUUGACAGCUGGGACAUGUACAAUGUCGGGGAACAUAACCUGUUUCCUGGACCGAUUGACAACUCUGGACUCUUUUCAGAUCCUGAGAGUCAGACCUUGAAGGAGCACUUAAUUGAUGAGCUGGACUAUGUGUUGGUCCCAACCGAAGCCUGGAAUAAGUUGAUAAAUUGGUAUGGCUGUGUGGAAGGACAGCAGCCUAUUGUCAGAAAAGUUGUGGAGCAUGGCCUAUUUGUCAAGCACUGCAAAGUGGAGGUGUAUUUGUUGGAACUGAAGCUCUGUGAGAACAGUGACCCCACCAAUUUGCUAAGUUGCCAUUUUAGCAAAGCAGACACCAUUGCAACCAUUGAGAAGGAAAUGAGGAAGCUCUUCAACAUCCCUGCAGAGCGGGAAACACGGCUUUGGAACAAAUACAUGAGCAACACCUAUGAGCAGUUGAGCAAGCUAGACAACACUAUCCAGGAUGCUGGGCUGUACCAGGGUCAGGUGCUAGUAAUUGAGCCCCAAAAUGAAGAUGGCACAUGGCCCAGGCAGACUGUACCGUCAAAAUCAAGCACUGCAUCUAGCAGAAAUUUUACUACCUCUCCAAAAACAUCCGCAAGUCCCUAUUCCUCAGUGUCUGCCUCUUUCAUUGCAAAUGGUGAUAGCACUAACACUUCUGGGAUGCACAGUUCCGGUGUCAGCAGGGGUGGAUCUGGCUUCUCUGCUUCAUAUAAUUGCCAGGAGCCCCCGUCGCCUCAUAUACAGCCUGGCCUCUGUGGACUUGGAAACCUAGGGAACACCUGCUUCAUGAACUCAGCUUUGCAGUGCCUGAGCAACACUGCUCCGCUGACCGAGUACUUUCUCAAAGAUGAGUAUGAGGCCGAGAUCAACAGAGACAACCCUCUGGGGAUGAAAGGGGAGAUUGCAGAGGCCUAUGCAGAGCUCAUCAAACAGAUGUGGUCUGGAAGGGAUACUCACGUGGCACCACGAAUGUUCAAAACACAAGUGGGACGUUUUGCCCCUCAGUUUUCUGGCUAUCAACAACAAGACUCUCAGGAGCUGUUAGCCUUUAUUCUAGACGGAUUGCAUGAAGACCUGAACCGAGUAAAGAAGAAGCCCUACCUGGAGCCAAAGGAUGCCAACGGGCGGCCAGAUGCGGUGGUAGCAAAGGAAGCCUGGGAAAAUCACAGGCUGAGGAAUGAUUCUGUGAUUGUGGAUACUUUCCAUGGCCUUUUCAAAUCUACUUUGGUUUGCCCAGAAUGUGCUAAAGUUUCUGUGACCUUUGACCCAUUUUGCUAUCUAACUCUCCCACUGCCUUUGAAGAAGGAUCGAGUUAUGGAGGUCUUCCUAGUUCCUGCUGACCCUCAGUGCAGACCUAUCCAGUACCGUGUGACAGUGCCAUUGAUGGGGGCCAUUUCUGACCUGUGUGAAGCACUCUCCAAGCUGUCUGGCAUCGCUGCAGAAAAUAUGGUGGUCACCGACGUAUAUAAUCACCGAUUCCACAAAAUUUUCCAAAUGGAUGAAGGGUUAAGCCACAUCAUGCCUCGAGAUGACAUUUUUGUGUACGAGGUCUGCAGCACUUCCAUGGAUGGCUCGGAAUGCAUCACCCUUCCAGUCUACUUCAGAGAGAAGAAGUCCAGGCCAUCAAGUACUUCUUCUGGGGCUGUGCUUUAUGGGCAGCCCCUUCUUGUUUCUGUCCCUAAGCACAAGCUAACGCUCGAGUCUUUGUACCAGGCUGUUUGUGAUCGUAUCAGCCGCUAUAUAAAGCAGCCUUUGCCUGAUGAGUUUCUCAGCUCACCCUUGGAGCCUGGGGCCUGCAAUGGCUCCAGGGGCAGCUGUGAAGGAGAUGAAGAAGAAGAAAUGGAUCAUCAAGAGGAAGGGAAAGAGCAGCUUUCAGAAACAGAAGGCAGUGGUGAGGAUGAACAGGGAGAUGACCCUAGUGAGACCACUCAGAGGAAGGCGAAAGGCCAGCCACGCCACAGGAGGCUUUUCACCUUCAGUCUUGUGAACUCCUGUGGAACCACUGAUAUCAAUUCACUGGCAACUGACGGGAAACUACUAAAACUUAACUCUCGAUCCACACUGGCCAUUGACUGGGACAGUGAGGCCCGAAGCCUUUACUAUGAUGAGCAAGAAGCUGAGGCCUGUGAGAAGCACGUCAGCAUGUCGCAGCCUCAGAAGAAGAAGAAGGCUGCAGUGGCCCUGAGAGAGUGCAUCGAGCUCUUUACCACCAUGGAGACCCUUGGGGAGCAUGAUCCCUGGUACUGUCCCACCUGUAAGAAGCACCAGCAGGCGACAAAGAAGUUUGACUUGUGGUCCUUGCCCAAGAUCCUGGUGGUUCAUCUCAAACGUUUCUCUUAUAACAGAUACUGGCGGGAUAAACUUGACACAGUUGUGGAAUUCCCAGUCAGAGCUCUGAACAUGUCUGAGUUUGUCUGUGACCGGUCAGCAAGGCCUUAUGUUUAUGACCUAAUUGCUGUAUCCAAUCAUUAUGGAGCCAUGGGGGUUGGUCACUACACUGCAUAUGCGAAGAACAAGCUGAACGGGAAGUGGUAUUACUUUGAUGACAGCAAUGUGUCCUUGGCCUCUGAGGAUCAGAUAGUGACGAAGGCCGCCUACGUCCUGUUUUACCAGCGCCGGGAUGAUGACUGUUCCCGUGUAUCUUCGCUCCCCAGCUUCCCCAGUUGUUCUGAAGGAGGGGUGAGGCUGAGCAGCUCCCAGCAGGGCGUGGGGGAUGAGGAGGCUUACAACAUGGACACCAACUGAUGCUCGCUCGGAGACCUUGCCACCCCACCGCACAAGUGUCAUCCCCCCAGGAGAAUAUCUUUGGCACUCCUGAAGACUGCUAUGUCAACCUAAAAACCAGAUGAGGAAAUUACCUUCUUUUAUGAGAAGAGGAAAAAAAAAAAAAAAGACCCUGCUUUCUCAGAAGGGUUAUGUUAAAAGGCUGAAUUAUUUUUUUCUUUUAAACGGGUGGUGAGGUGAAACCUGUGGAGCUGAAAUGUGGGUGGGAUUUGGUACACAGUGGAGUGUGUCUCAUGGAUUCCAAAGAAUGGAGAGGAGCACCUGUACCUGAGUGUGGUGCAGCCGUGAAGACCCACCUGCAGGGCUAUUCUGAACUCCGGGGUUUGGGUUCUGGUGCCUAUACUGGUCACCUCAGUGUCUGGCCACAUAAGCCUCCAGUGAACUUGUCCUCUAGUUCUUUGCUGUUCAUUGAGAUGGGUUUAUAGUUUUCUAAACGGCCACUGAAACCCAUUUCUACUCCAUUCUCUUAGAAUUUCCAGCCUUCUUCCCCGUUAUGAAAUGACGUUAGUAUUUUGGUCUUGUUUUCAGCUUCUCAUGGAACUUAGAAAUUCUGUUUUGUUCCCCACUGUCCUCGGUAAACUGAUUCGAUGUGGAACUUUCAUUAGCUCUCCCUUAAAAGAAGUCCGUUCAUAAAA